AUGAUGUUCUUCUCUCUCUGCAGCCAGGGUCCUCUCUCCUCCAUCAGAGCCGUCAUCAAGAGAACAUCAAGGUCCACCUCUGUCUUAGAGACGCCCAGAGACAGAGAAAGAGACAGGAGGCGACCAGAGAUCACCAUCUUGGCUGCGGAGCCACUUCCCUCUACAUCCUGGUUCUCAGGAGCUGUUGGAGGAAUCCCUCCUCCUCCUCCUCCACCGGCGCAGAUCUGGGGACCCACUAUCGCUCCGGUUCUUCAGCCUCCUCCUUCCUACGAGGAGGUGAUAAGAGAGAAAACACAGGAGCAGGUUCUCCUUCCUCCUGCCUCCAACUCACCGCCUGUUUCUAGAACGACCAUCGCCACACAGACCGAUCCAGGACCUGCUCCCAAUCCUCGCGAAAGAAGAUCAGGGAGACCGCCCCGCCCUCCUCCCCCCUGCACCAUCAGAUCAUCGGAUACAGAUGACCUCAACAUCACCUCCAGCCAAUCAGCUGUUAGCUCCUCUGAGACAAACAGCGUCACCUCAAACACACAUCCUCUGCCUGUAACACACUCCUCCACACACACACAAUGCUCCGCCUCCCUCAGUGAGCAGCAUUUAUCUUCACUACUGACCUGUGGGGGUCAAACCCACCAGUGGGACCAGAGUUUACCUGCUGAGGAACUGGCUCCUCCUCCUGACGCAUCCACACAUGUCCCAUUGGAGCGCCCCAGGCCACGCCCUCGUACUAGGCUAGGUCGCCAGCCGGCCAACGAGGUUAAAGUCCAGACUUUGGUUAAACUGCGUGAGGACGGUUUGGCCACCUUAGCGGCCCGGGCAGCCGGCGGACGCACAAACCCAGAGGGGAACCAGGGGCCGUAUCUGCAGGAGCUGCUGGAGGCGUUCAGCUCAGACGACUGGGGAUUCCCUGACCCCCACAGCGAGGACAGCCAAUCAGAGAGCGGGGAGGAGGACGGCGAGGACAUGGCGACUCUGAGAGCGAGGAUUCAGGCGUUCGAGCAGCAAGUGGCCGAUGGGGGCUGUGGAGACACUGCAGGUGUCCAUACGGUGACUACUGAGGGUUCAGUCGCUACAAGACCCGAGCCUCGCCCACGGCCUCGUCUCCUGGGGCAACAGGCCAAAUCAAUCCCACCUGCCAUCGCUCCAAAACCCAAAAACCUUCCAGCUGCUCCCAAACCCUCCAGCAGGGCAUUCUGGGAAGAUGGAGGAGCUGCAGGGGAAUCGGGAAAGCCAGGAACACCUGAAGUCUGCCCUGUGGAAUCUCACCCUGAGACCCAAACUACUGCAGAACCGUCAUCAACCAGAACCACACAGUCUGAUCUGGGAUCAGAACUGAAGCCCUCCAUCACAGCCAAACCACAGAAUGUUACAGACCCUCUCCCAUCAGGGACGCCUGUCCCCGCCCCACGGCCACCUCCGCCCAAACUAACGCACACCAUCAGCGCCGGUUCCUCCCCACCGAAUCCCAGGGCGCCACGCAGGCCCCCGGUGGCCCCCAGAGCCAGCCUGGGAGCCUCACAGCAGGAAAAGAGCUCUGAAGAGGUCGGAGGUGAAGCUGUGACCCAAACAGCUAAAGGAGGAAGUAGCCGUUCCACGGUCAAACCGGCAGCGCCCGCUUCCCCUCGCAGAGCCAGCGCUCCAAAUCUGGCUCCCAAACCGACUUUAGUACCACCAGCACGUCCAGAUCCAAACCCAGUCCCUCCUAAACCCACAGCUGUCAAUCCUGUUGCUCCAACCAAACCGCCAGGACCGCCAGGACCGCCUAAACCACCGACACCAGCUCCAGCCAUGAGGAAGGGCUCGAUACCCCAGUCCAAACAUGAAACAGAAAACCCUCCAAACCCAGCGUCCUCAGACACCUCUCUCCCUCUACGUCCACCAAGUGUUAAACUCCUCCCCCUUCGCCCUCCACCAAUCAAAGCCGCCCCAGGGAGACCGCCUCCCCCAGCCAUCAACUCGUCCCCCUCAACCAAUCAGAUCGCUGCCUCCACUACACCUGCUGGACGAUCUUCGCCAUCACACUCCUCCUCAUCUACUCCCACGGCUAAUCAGAUGCAGACACAGAGGGUGGCAAAAAAAGGCCCCCCUCUGCCGCCUCGCCCUAAACCUGGACACCCGCUGUACAGCAGCUACAUGAAACAGGAAGUCCUGAUUGUCCUCGAUGAUCCGAUCCCGACUCCUACAGAGCCCCAGGAGUCAGAUGAAGGGAAGAAUCAGAGCAGCGUCAUCAGCCCGCCUCAGUGUCUCCUGGACUCGGACCCGCAGCCAGAGCCCGUCCAGGAUAAGGAGAGCGAGUCAAAAACGGUCAUAGAGGAUCUCAACCAGCCAGACAUCCAGUCCAUCCUGCCUGCUGAGCUCAAAGAGCAGCCGGACCCCCCCGCAGUCAGCGGGCCACGAUGCGUCGCUCUGUUUGACUACGAGGGAGAGGAGGAAGGUGAGCUCACCUUCUCUCAGGGGGACGUCAUCGCCCUCCUGGAGCUGGUUGGUGAGGAGUGGGGGCGGGGCCAGAUCCACGGGCGAGCUGGGAUAUUUCCACUCAACUUCACAGAGGUGUUGGAGCCCCUUCCAGAGAUCACAUCGUCAUCAUCAGUAGAAACCUCCAAACUGGAAUCAACAGAACCAGGAGAGACGGAAAACUCUGUGACCGUUAAGCCGUCUGAGUUAGAGACAGAGGAGUGGGUGGUUGCUCUGUUCGACUUCUCUGGUCAGACGGCAGAGGACUUGUCGUUCCACAAGGGGGCGCUGAUUCAAGUGACGGAGCACAUCGACGCUGAUUGGAGGAGAGGUCGACUGGACGGGAGGGAGGGUCUCUAUCCCGCUGCUUUCACACAGCCCUGUCAGGCUCAACCAAUCACAGGCCAGCAGUCUGCGGCUAAAGGAACUGCUAAAGCUGUGUUUGAUUUCACCGCAGAGAACGAGGACGAGCUCACCUUGAAGGUCGGUGACAUCAUCACACAAGUUGAGUCCGUCGAUGAGCAGUGGAUUAUGGGAGUUGUGAGCGGAAAGCGUGGGAUCGUUCCUAAAAACUACAUUUCAUUCCUUUGAUGAGGAAGUUAAAGCCACAGCGUUAAGCAGACUUUUGGACCAUUAACGACCCCUCAGGGGCGUUUCCUGGCUCUUUUUUAUUCUAGUGUUUUUGGAUAAAAAAUUCAUCCAUUUCAGUGUUGUUUUUUUUUGUUUUUUUUUUAGACUAAGCUUUUUUAUUGCCAGGAGCAUUAUUAAAGGACCUAAAUCAAGCCAGAUUGUUUUUAAUGGUGGAUUACUAAACUGGAAAAGGAGAAACUUUGAUUGUUUUCUUUUAAUUUAGACGAACUGAACAGAAGUUUUCUAGUUUGCUGACAGAUUUCCCCCUUGUUUUAUCAGGACCUUCGUAUUUUACUUUUUUACUCAUCGUUUUACCUGAUUGUUCAAGGAUUGAAGCUCAUAAACCACAAUCCUCAAUUGUAUCAAAGGAAUUGAGGUUAUCUGCUUCAAUGAUCAUUUUCUCUUCUUUACUUCUUAUUUUCUGUCUUCAUUCUUUGUUUGCAUCCAUUAAAUAGCAACUCAUAAUCUGUCAGAAAAUACAAAAUAUGCAAUAAAUUU